CCUACAGACAGAAACAUGGCAUUUAAUGGUACUUGGAAAAUAGACAGAAGUGAAAACUAUGACAAGUUCAUGGAGGUGAUGGGUGUUAACGUGAUGAAAAGAAAGUUAGGAGCCCAUGAUAACUUGAAGAUGACUAUUCAACAAGAUGGAAACAAAAUUACUGUCAAAGAAUCAAGCAACUUCCGUACCAUAGAUAUUGAAUUCACGCUGGGAGUCAAUUUUGAGUACAGUCUGGCUGAUGGGACUGAACUUACUGGUUCUUGGAACAUGGAAGGAAAUAAACUUGUAGGAACAUUUACCAGAAAAGAUAAUGGAAAAGCACUCACUGCAUACAGAGAAAUCGUAGGUGACGAACUUGUUCAGACCUACGUAUAUGAAGGAACUGAAGCCAAGAGAUUCUUCAAAAGGGGCUGAGGACUUCACCCAGAACAGCACCAGAAUCAAAAAACAAUGAAAAAAGACCAUUUUACUACAUAUCCUCCGCUUUUUUCCCCUUUUAUCCCCUCACAGCACCUCCUAAGCUGCAAUUACUUAGCCCUGUUGAAAAAACAGGCUAGUUCCUUAUGUUUACUGUUUUGCCUUGAAUAAACAAAAUACGAUUACAAUUU